CGCAGAUAAUGACUUCACGAGACGUCCAGCCUUACUCAAAUACGUCCCCGGAAGGCUCUGUCACCUUGGCCUUUGCUGACUGUGGCGGAAGGUCGGUUAUACCGGCCUCGUGAGGCCCAGGAGUCCAGAAACUCUCUUGCAUCGAUGUUUCAUCUGCCUGCAGCUUAGUCGUACCGUACAACUAUUUGAUCCUUAUUGAAUCAGGCCACUUCUGACCUCGAGACUUAUGCGACUACGUGGGACAGGAUGGUAACGGACGACCCUUUUCGCAAUGAGACGCCACUAUGCGAUGCGGGGCGCCACACAGCUGUCAUGACCACGACCAAAGUUGGGACUGAAGGAAAUCGUGCUGCUUUCAACGCGCCAUCGUCGAGUCUUACUCGUCAUCCAAGUCCUCCAAGAUGGCCCCGUCAUUCGUAUCAGACCUAUCAGGUCGUGUCAAAUUACUUGACGGCACGACCAUUCCACAAUUUGGCCUUGGAGUAUACGAGAUGAAUGAUCAAGAGACGUAUGAUGCUGUCAAGUGGGCUCUAGAAGCAGGAUACAAGCAUGUCGAUACGGCUGAAUGGUACGAGAACGAAGGGGCUGUCGGUCGGGCGUUGAAGGAAUACCUUGGGUCCACCAACACACCUCGAUCCGAAAUCUACAUUACCUCCAAAUUGAUGCAUAAUCGAACGUAUGAGUCUGCUCUCGCAGACUUGAAGACGUCCCUCAAGACGACCGGCGUAGAGUACUUUGAUCUGUACCUCAUGCACUCGGCUAUUGGCGGUCCAGAAAUCAGGAAAAACGUUUGGAGAGCUUUGGUAGAUGCUCAGAAGGAAGGGUUAUGUAAAUCUAUCGGGGUAUCUAAUUGGGGAGCCAAGCACAUUCAAGAACUUGUCGAUGCAGGGAGUCCAUUGCCCGUCUUGAAUCAGAUCGAUUUGCAUCCAUUCAUGCGACAUCCCGAUAUCGUCGAAAUCUGUGAAAAGCUCGGAAUAUUGUUGGAGGCCUGGGGUCCACUAGCCCGUGCCAAGCGAUUCGACCAUCCCUCCCUCAUCAAGAUUGCCGAAAGUCACCAGAGAGAACCAGCUCAGAUUAUGCUCCGUUGGGGCCUCCAGCAUGGCUUCAUCAUUAUACCUAAAUCUGUUUCUCAAAAGCGGAUCGUAUCGAACGCUCAGAUCUUUGACUUUGAACUAUCCCCGGAGCAGAUGAAAGAGCUGGACGGUCUCGACGAAUACUUUGUCACUGACUGGGACGUUGUGGACUGUGAUUGAGGGUGAUACGGCCACGUUUCGUCGCACUCGUCAGAUCUCACAUGUCGUCGCGCACAUAUAUCUACAACCAACGAAAAAGACUAUAGAACUCUCUACACAUGUGUAUGAAUAUACAGAAACAGACUAA